AUAUUUUAUAUUUAAUACAGACAAGUUAUGCCAAGUGGGUGCUUAUUAUAAAACUUUACUUUUGAGUAGUAUCUCUGACUUCCAUUAUAUAAGAGGUGAUAAUUGAUAAAGGAGUAAGUGGUAGAAGAAGGAGAAAUAAAGAAAUCAAAUAUGAAAAUUAUGAGAUCCAAAGCUAAUUUGUUGUUAUCCAUUUUUACUGUGUUCUUGUUUUUGUCAGCUGCAUUUGCAGGAAAUAAUGGUAAUGAGGAAGAAGAAAUAAUCAAGAGAUCUGGGCUUGUUAUGAAUUACUAUGAUGAUACUUGCCCACAAGCUGAAGAUAUUAUCAAACAACAAGUCAAGCUUCUUUACAAACGCCAUAAAAAUACUGCUUUCUCUUGGCUCAGAAACAUCUUUCAUGAUUGUGCUGUUGAGUCAUGUGAUGCAUCAUUGUUACUGGACUCAACAAGAAGGAUGAUGUCAGAGAAGGAGAUGGACAGAAGUUUUGGGUUAAGGAACUUUAGGUACCUUGACACUAUCAAAGAGGCUGUUGAAAGAGAGUGUCCAGGUGUUGUUUCCUGUGCUGAUAUCCUUGUUCUUUCUGCUAGAGAUGCCAUUGUUCAGGUAGGUGGGCCACACAUUCCACUGAAAACUGGAAGGAGAGAUGGAAGAAAGAGUAGAGCAGAAAUGUUGGAAAAAUAUUUACCAGAUCACAAUGAGAGCAUGAGUGUUGUGCUUGAUAGGUUUAAGACUAUUGGUAUUGACACUAAAGGAGUGGUUGCUUUGCUAGGAGCUCACAGUGUGGGCAGAACCCAUUGUGUGAAGUUAGUCCACAGGUUGUACCCAGAAGUUGACCCGAACUUAAACCCGGACCACGUACCCCACAUGCUGAAGAAAUGCUACGACCCGAUUCCCGACCCGAAAGCGGUUCAAUAUGUGAGAAAUGACAGAGGUACCCCUAUGAUAUUUGAUAACAACUACUACAGAAACAUAUUGGACAGUAAGGGUUUACUCAUUGUGGAUCAUCAACUAGCCACAGACAAAAGGACUAGGCCUUAUGUUGUUAAAAUGGCCAAAAAUCAAGAUUAUUUCUUCAAGGAAUUUUCAAGGGCACUUACCAUUUUAUCUGAAAACAACCCACUUACUGGAUCCCAAGGUGAGAUUAGAAGGCAAUGUAAUGCUGUAAACAAACUUCAUUAGAUAUUAAUCCUUAUUUACUUCUUAAUUAUGGAUUAAUAUUUAAUUUUAUGUGUUAAUUAAGCAUUAGAAUAAGAGGGUGGCUUUAAUUUUAGCCCUUUAAAUAGUGGUAUGGUGAGCUUAAUGAUUGCAUAUGAAGUGCACACUUAUAUGCUUUCAUGUAAUGAGUGUAGGAGUAUGAGAUUACUAUGUGCUAAUGAGUAAUGAAAUGAGAAGUGGAACAUUAGUUUAUGUAUGAAUUAAUGACUUUCAUGUAAAAGCUCAUUCCUUUUUUAUGGCAUAUUGUUUGUAUAAUCAUAUAUAUGGUGCUCAUAUUUUGUUGUCA